AACUAAGCAAAAUGGAUUUUUAUUGAACCUUUUCACACACGCUUAAAAAUCCAGACCUUAAAAACCCUUGACCUAAAAAACGGGUUUAAGAUCACUCUAUAAAUAUCGGCUUUCACAGCAGCAAAAUGCGGCAGACUCCAAAGCAAGAGCUCAAAAAUAUUUUGACAUUGAAUCUUUGGAAUUGCCCAAAUCUUAUCAUGGCUGCAUUUCGGACGAUUGCUGAAGCAGCAGAGCGAAGAACAGAAAAUGGGCCGCCAAUAAAUAAGCCCUUGAAUAAAAACUCUUCCGAAUGUGAAGAUCUACUUUCUAACAACCGAUCCACGAUCGACUCCCAUUGCGACCGAGAUCAUGUAGCCUCUAGAGUCGAAAGAGUCAAGCGAUACAUCGCCAAAAGAUCUGUAUACGUAGGCCAGGGCCUCGAUCUGCCGUACAGGAAAACAGGCUUCCUGGACAGAAACACCCAGUGCACGCGCAUCCAAUUCGCGUCACAUAACAUUGACCUAACCCUAACGGACAGCGGCUGCCAAGCCCGAGAAUGGGUUCGUCAGCGGACGGGGAAAAAUUGCAUUGUGGGGUUGGACGUAGAAUGGCGCCCUAGCUUUGUAAAAGGCGGACAAAAUCCAGUUGCUUUGCUUCAGCUUUGUUCUGAUAAUAGCUGUUUAAUUUUGCAGAUGUUGUAUGUGGAUUUUGUGCCGACGGAUUUGGUUAGGUUUUUGAAGGAGCCUGAGCUUAAUUUGGUUGGUGUGGGUAUCGGUAAUGAUUUGAAGAAGCUGAGGCGCGACCAUGGGCUGCAGUGCAAGGGUAAAGUGGUUGAGCUGGCGUCUUUGGCUGCUGAGAAGCUCCAGCGAAAUGAACUUAAGACGAUGGGUCUCAAGGGCUUGGCUCUAGAGGUUUUGGGUUUGGAGCUGUCUAAGCCAAAGAAUAUUUCGAUGAGCAAUUGGGCUUCCAGGCACCUUAAGCAGAAGCAGAUUGAGUAUGCUUGCAUCGAUGCCUUUGUCUCGUUCGCCAUCGGUAAGAAACUCUUUGACUCUAAAUCCUAAACCUCGAAAAAAUCCGAUUGUUACCAAAGUAGCAGAUGCCAAGCUUCCACAAUCCAUACUGAUUCUUUGAAAGGUUUCAGGCCAGAAGUUUUGUAGGGUACGAAUUCGUUUUAGCAUACUGAAGCGUCUUCUUAGGAGAUCAAUUUUGUUUUUUGGUUUUAUCAUUUUCUUCCCUGUACUAUAUGAGGUGCCUAAGCUGGUUUAAGAUUGGAAAUCGCUCAAGCGCUUCUGGAUGACUUGUGUUCAGGUCAGUCCUAUGUUUUGAGUGUGUAACGUUACUUAUCGCCAGACAAACACAAUCCUAAAUGCUAACCCUAAUUCUAGAACUCUCAAUGAUACUGACUGAAAACCUCUAUUUAUGAGAGAAGUAAUUUUGGUUCACGCAGAAGUGAUUUGUUAACGAUACAGGGUUUUCCUGCUCUCCUUUAUUUCUGUACUUUAUUGGAUACCUGUGCAAGGUAAUUGUGAUUGACUCGGAAAAUUUUGAUUCUUAUUUUCCUCAUCAUUUUCCCAUCAUGCUUGGAUGGCUGCAUUAUGCAAAAAUCCAGAGCAAUGCAAUCAGAGAUUUGGGUUCCAAUGGAAAUUUCUGAGUAGUUUCCCGUUUAAUUAAUAAGAUUCCACCAUCCUUGCUUGGA